AUGGCCUCGCAAAAACUCAAGCUCUCCGCAAAAGCCCAUCUCCCGUUCAAAAGUAAGAACAAGGAAAAGCGGCAGUCCCUCCACAUAAACAGAAAGAGAGCCACUGAUAGCAUCAAACGAGAUGAACGGUUCCGCCGACGACGAGAAGAGGACAAAAAUCCCACUUUACGAGAACAAAGGCUGAAGGAAAACGUGCCAUUGACAUUGGAGAGGAAAAGAGUGUGGGAUGAUGUGGAUAGUGAUGUUGGUGACGGGCUAGGAGUUUCUGUAAAUAUCGAGAGAUUGAAGAGGAGAAAGGUCGAGGAGGAGCAGGCUGCUUUGGAAGAGGGGGAAGAAGAAGAAGGAGAAGAAAGGUCCGAAGGCGAAGAUGAAGAGAGGGAUAGCAUGAUCGAGUCCGCCAGCGAAGACGAGGCAAUAGAAAUUGCGAAACAUGCGAAGGCUCCGAAGAGAAGGACGCCUACAGAGCGUGCAACAUCUCCCGUUCAAUCCACGAGAAGCACGAACCUCGAUUUCACACCUGAAGCUCUCGCAGCCAAAUUUCCUACCCUGUUCUCCACCGACGCCCCUCCUGUCCCGAAGGUUUUGAUCACGACAUCUCUCAACUCGACUCUUCACAAAGAAGCCGACCACCUCACGUCUCUCUUCCCCCACUCAGUCUACAUUCCCCGAUCCUCACACCGGUACAGCCAUAAGUUCUCGGUCAGAGAAAUCUGUUCCUUCGCUACAAACCGCAAAUAUACGGCUGUUAUCGUACUCAAGGAAGAUUUGAAAAGGCCGACGGGCUUAACAGUCGUACAUUUACCCCACGGGCCUACCUUCCAUUUUACCAUAUCGAACUGGAUUGAAGGGAAGCGUCUGCCCGGCCACGGAAAUGCUACAGAUCACACGCCCGAGCUCAUACUCAACGGUUUUUCUACGCCUUUAGGGUUACUGGUGGCGCAUUUGAUGAGAACAUUGUUCCCAGCUCAGCCUGAGCUGCAAGGGAGGCAGGUGGUCACGCUACACAACCAGCGUGAUUACAUCUUCGUGCGCAGGCAUCGCUACGUUUUCAGGGACAAGCGAAAGACGGAGAAAAGUGUCGUGGGCGCAGACGGAAAGGAAGUGAAAGGCGCGGAGGAAAUUAGGGCCGGAUUGCAAGAGCUUGGGCCAAGGUUUACGCUCAAGCUGAGGCGAGUUGACAAGGGAAUACAGAGGGCUAGCGGGCAGGAGUGGGAAUGGCAGGGUGGAAUGGAGAAGCAAAGGACCAGGUUUCAGCUAUGA